UAAUAAGGUGUUUGGAAUGCGAAAAGCCAAGUUUUUCUCAUGUGAAAGUUUAGCAUUAGCGUACAAGAUUGUGGAUACUGAUAAGCGCCAUUAACUUUCUCGCGGGUGUUGGGUAUUUUCGCAUUGUGAUAUCAUGUUACGGCCCACGCGUCGAGUGCUCGGAUGUAUGACUAAUGUCGUUCUUGGAAGUGAUAGGCAAGGCGUGUGGCUGUUCGCUAUAUCAGUGACCGCGCGGUGAUAACAAAGGAGCGCACGGAGAUCAUUGUAUGAGAUAGCUAGAGCGCUCCCCCUCGCACCCUUCACACCUACGUUUCUAAUCACAGCUACAAGGAUGCACACUCUCAUUCCUUCCCUCUCACUAACUGCCUUCUAUUUUCAGAGCUUAUAUUUACUAAAUAUAGAAGUUAAGUCCUAUGGGGGACUGUUAUUUAUAUAUUGACAUUUUCAGUUAUUUCACAAUUUUAGCAAGAUUAUCAGGUUUUCUAUUAUGUUUCUCCAGAAGACAUGUUGCCGCAGGUUGUAUGUGGAAGUUGUGCAAACAAACUUGAUGAGUUUCAUACAUUCAGGGAACUAUCACAUAAAUCUGAAAGAUUAUUGGAACAAUUUCUACACUAUGCUAACUCACUAUCAGGUCCUAUAGAGGAGGUCCUCAGUAUAACGGCCGACAAACUGGAAGAGAUAAUUAAGCCGUUGAACGAUAAUGAGUAUGAUCUAAAGAGUAAAUAUGCAGAAAUCGGCUCGCCUGAUUCAACCGAAGAGAUGAAAAACUUAGAGAGCCGACAGGCGGCGGUAACACUGCUGCAAAUAAAAAACUACGAUCCAACGAAAUAUGUUGUCAAACCCGAGACGGAAGAGAACUCGAAUAUAAUGUUCAAAACAGUGAGUCUACCGCCCUCCGAUAGAGCGAGUGAGGUAAUGCAUUGUACAACAGUGAUAGAUAUAAUUAGCAAGGCUGUCGCGGUAGCACAGCGGGAAAACGAGGAAUCACAGUAUCCGACAAAUUAUGCGGGCGUUACUGACAAAACGCACGCGGCGUCCGAAUAUACUCAAGACUAUGUUGACGAACAGUAUGCCCAGAAUACGCCCCAGAGUGUCACGAAUCUACCCAAUAACGAGGAGCACAGAGAGAUGGACCUCUCACUGUACUCCUGUAAGACAGAGUACGAUGGUGAACAGGGCAGGGAGCCCAAUGCCUACACACAUAGAACCAGUGAUAUUUCGCAUAAGGACAAAAUGCAACAUUUCUAUGCCAGAGCGUGCGUGAGGACAAAGCCGGCGAAGGAGAGUUCGGUGUAUGAGGAUUGUAGUCAAAGCAGUAGCGGCUCAGAUCCGGACAGACUUCAGAUGGACAUAUCGGAAGUGUCGCAGGACGAUCCAGAAGAAACACAAUCUGUGCCGUCUGCGCAGUCAUCGCCAAAACCACCACACGAAACGGAAGAAAAGGAGUCAUUAUGGCAUGCUCUACAUAAACAAAACGGUCGUGGUGGUGAAACAACACAGCUUCUAAGGCGACUGAUUAACAGUAAGCAUACUGGCAUGACGGUGUCACCUUUGAGGGGACUCGCUGUACCACUAACCCAAACACCCAACGGUACCGUUUCACCGAACGGUGAAUGGCCGAGUCCUGGUCGUGGUAACAUGGGCGCAGGUGGAACAGCGAGAAGGAAACAGAGUUGUCCAGCACGAGCACAGCCCUUGCAGGAUCAACAUCCCACUUGGCCAACUAACACUGAUAAUGAAGCAACAGACACGUCAAACUCACAUCGUAAUCCAUCACAGCGCUUUGAGCUCUCCUGCACCAAUUGUGGUACACACACGACCACCAUUUGGCGUCGCGAUGCCAGAGGCGAAAUGGUGUGUAACGCGUGCGGAUUGUAUUACAAACUCCAUGGAGUUCCACGACCUACCGCAAUGCGACGGGACACCAUACACACUAGACGCCGUCGUCCCAGACAUGAAGCAAAGUCUUCUCGAUCUAGGCGACGAGGAGUGACCGGCGCCAGUACCGAGGUCCCUGAGAGUAGUGAACCAGCUGGUGGGGCACCAGGGGCUCCACCAUCAGAAGGGGCAGAAGAGGCAGUAUUGGCAGCGCUUCGUAGGCAAUUGCAGCCGCACCUCUUAGCCGCCUUACAUGCGCGCACUCGACCAGCACAGAUGGGCCGCAGUAUGCCAGAGUAUGACGAAGCGCCACUGAACCUAGUGGCAAAUCACGUGGCUGAAGAAACGCAUUGACCGCUCACGUAAUCUUUCCGCACCCGUGUACAAACGGCCAGUUACUCAUACCAUAGACUGUUUAUAUUUGGAACCUUUUUAAAGGGCCGUACAUUUUUUCUUUACGGCCAGGGAUAAAAAAAAAUCUAUAUGAUAUUUCGUUUUUUAAAGCUGUUAUCUGUGGUCCAUCCCGCCUUUUAAUAGCCAAUAGUGUUAUUAUAUUUAAGCAUAGAAUAUAUACAAUCGGAAUGAUAAUCUGUGGUCGAGAACAUUCAAAAUUCGAACGCCCUUUAAAAAUAGUCCAAGUAUAAACAUGAUUAUUUUAGUAGAUCUGAUAUAAAAUCUUUUUUGUUUAAUAACCUUUUUAAUGAGGUAUAUAUUUUUAUGAAUGUUCCCAUUCGUUUUAUACCAGUAGUGAGUUAAGGCCAGUGUAAGACUAUGAAGAUCUAAAAGUACUUAAAUUUGAAAUUAUUCCUACAUCAAAGUAAUAGUAUUCUGGUUAAAUAUAUACUAAAUAUUUUUGUACAUAAGGAGUAUUAUCAAUAGUUAUUUUUUACCAAAAUUCAAAUUUAAGUACUAAUUGAUGAUGAUUAUCUGAAAAUUAUGACAAUGAAGUAUUAAUUAAACAGGGCAUUAUUAAAGGCAAAUUAAAUUGUCUUUUAUAUGGGCAGUAAAAGUAUUUUGAAAAUACGACACUAUUCGAACCUGGCUGAGGGGUACAUUGUCAAGAUCCUUACAAAUACAUGCUCGGAGUUAUCUAUAAAGACAAAUAAAAGGCUUGAUUGUACUCGCUUGUUCAGGUUGGAUUCGUCAAAAGGUCGUUGACCUUUUGCAUAUUGAGAAUUUAUUGCAUUUGCAAAUGAAAAUUAUUUUUCCGAAUUCCUCAUGUGAUGAGUGACGAAUGAAUUUUGAGAUUAUUUGGUGAAAUCGGUUAGGGCCGAAGUCUGCCUUGCCUUUGCUCUCUUUCCUUUGAAAUUAUUACGGUUACCUAUUGCAGGAAGCAAGUAUUCAUAUAGAUUUAAGUUGUAUUGUAUAUUGUUUCUUACCUAGAGUAGUGUUUUUUUUAUAUAUAAUUUAUUUUUGCCCCGAUUUCGGUCAGUAUUCGAAUCUCAAUUGAGAAUGUGGUUUUUAAAGCAAUAAACUUUUCGAAUAUAAAUAAUUAGAUAUAGAAUCUCUUUGGAGCAAUAUUACCAUAAUUUCUCUAGAAUAGGGUUUAUAUUCCGUGUUAAAAUCGAAGUUAGAAAUAAUCUGGUUAAAACCAAAUCGUGGCAUUAUAACCUCAUGGUCAGUUUUGAGCAUUUAAAGAGAUUUCCGUUGUGGGCUGUUUUUCGUAUUUACCGUCCUACUUAACGCCUCUACUUAAUUUAGUUAUAAUUUAUUUUACGAUCACCCCACGGGCCAGUAGAACAGUCUCUGAGACAUUGUGAUAUCGCUUUGUGCUUCUCUAUACGUAAUUUCUUUGCAGGAUCGUCUAUCGUAUUUUUAAAAGCUUUAAAAUUUUUGAGAUUAUCUACCCUCGGAUUGGGAUAUUCCUAGUACUUAGAAUUGUUUUAUACUUUUGACAAUAAAUAUGCUCUCUUUGAAGCUCUCUUGAUUCCGAGUUAUAUUGAAAAUUAUUUUAAGUAGUGUUUAGGUAACGCAAGCAACAUUUUUCACUAACAUUGCUGUUCGCAGUAGUGAUACAGUAUUAUUUUAUAUCAUUAUUCUGUACAUUGUUAUUAUAAGUCCUGUCUAGACCUCACUAGAUCAAAUUCCGUUCGUGCAGCUAUUUUCGAUCUUCCAAUUGGUUAUUUAUUAUUGUUUAGGUUAAUUUAUUACGGUUUAUUGGUAUAACGUGUUAAGUUACUAACGUACCGGUUGUGUAGUGUGCGCUUUCGAACUAACAAAAGUGUGUUUGAGAGAAUGGAGCUUCGUCUUAUAAUUUAUGCUGAAAUAUUGUGAUGCAGUGCCGUGGCAAUCGUAUACUGGACCCAUUUCUUCUAUAUAAUUGGUUUGUCUAUGAAUUUGGGUGUUGAAGGAUGAUUCUUGCCCUGUACAAAAAUUCAAAAGAAGAUUGAAUUUUGUUGAGGAGUUAUUUUUUUGGUUGUAUGGUAACCCUUUUCUGUUUUGUCAAUGUUGCGUCACUGUAUAUAUUCUUGAUGUUAAAUUCCAUUUAACGUUCGCAGCAAUUAAGACUGAAAGCAAAAGUCUCUGAUUUUUUUCCAUUCAAUGUGAAUCGUAAAAGUAUUGUAACCGAAAUGUGAUAUGUGUUGUAGAAUGUAUUUCCCGAAAAGCAAUAAAUUUGUGAUAAUAUGUAGAGAUGGGCAUUUUUGUACGCCUCCUUUGAGAGUACACUGCAUAAUAUUAGAUGUCAAUUAAUCUUUUACUGCGCGGUCGGUUACAACUGAGGUAUAUAAAAACUUGUUAAGUCGACCCUAAGUCAAUAUUAAUUACAACCCAACAAAAUUUAUUGUUUUUAAUGAAUUUUUAUGUCAUAAAGUACUAUUAAGAUUUCUAUAAUAUUGGUCAUUUAAAGUAUACAAGAGCUCAGUUGUGCGCAGUAAGAAUCAAUUCCAAGUCAAUUUAAAUUAUAAGAAUUUUCGUUGUAGAUUUCUCACCUUUACUGUUACUAACAUUAACGUCUCAAAUUAUGUAUUAAGAGGUAUUAUUAUUGUAUAAAUACUCUUUAAUUAAGCUUAUGGACCAUUUGUUGUUUGAAUUUAAAGUUUCAGCAUAAAUUAUCGGUAUAAUAUUAUACCAGAAACAUUUUCGUCGGAAUACUCAUGAGACAUUAUUAUUGUUGUAUAGAUGAUAAAUAAUGUGACUUACGCAGGGAUGGAUACUUAAAUUAUUAAAACUGAUAUAUUGGCUAUGUAGUGAGUAGAAUAUUUUUUUACAAAUAAAUUAUAGCAGCUA